UACAGUAAAGUCAGACGUGUAUCUACGCGUCAACGGGAAGUUUCCUACCACACAGCUUGAGGAAGAACAGUCCUAUGAGCCAUCGCUUGAUCGCAGCUCGUUUGAGACAAUCUACUAAUGAAUUCAACAGAGGAUGUCAUCCGACUUAACGUUAGACUUCGAAAAUCACCAACAAUAUCCUGCGAUGGACACUGAGGCAGGCAUCAUCUCCAUCGACCACGGAGGAGAGUGGGAUAUAAGCCUGUUUGAUGAGCUAGACAACCUGGGAGAUGCAGAUGAGCUACUUGAGGCCCUGGAGAAUGCUGGCUAUGCCACUGAGGGUCCAGAUCUGGACUUUGAUAUCGACAUACCGCUGUGGAAUGGAGUGGACACAAGCAGCAUCUGCACAGGUGGCGAGAUGAGCCUGGACUCUCUGUCACCUGCCCACACUCUGAGCUCUGUCCCCUCUCCUUCUUCUGUGGAAGCCCUGUCGCCGUACUCCUUACAAGAUGAGGCCCUGUCUCCACAUUCGCAGCUCUCUCCUGUUUCAGUCUGCUCGGACUCCAGCGGUUUUUCUGUAAUCUCUCCUCCAGCUAAGAGAGCUCCAAAGAGGACCAGUCAGACCACACGAGUCAAACAAGCUCAGCCAGUCAAGAGGCCCAUUCAGAUCGGCCCGAAGGUUUCCAUCCAACCCAAACCGCUGAUUACAGCUGUGCCCUUGGCUCAUGCGGCAGCUCCCCUGCAGGCCAAGACAAUCAUCAUUCAGCCCCUGCAGACCACUACGCUGCCUGUGGUCAAAGCAGCUCCGGUCAACAUCCAACCAGCUCCCCCUCCAGGACGUCCCAUAGUGCUGUCUCAGCCAAGCCAGGUGCUACAGAUCCAGGCACCGCAGGCCGUCACCAGCAAUGUCGUCACCAUGCCAACAAUCAGACAGGACAGGCCCGUCCCUGUCGCUGCUCCUUCAGUUGUCUCCCUCACACUCCGAAGCCCUUCGUCAGACGAUGAUUCGAAGUUGUCCCAGAGGCAGCAGCGCAUGAUAAAGAACCGCGAGUCAGCUUCCCUGUCUCGGAAAAAGAAGAAAGAGUAUCUGCUCUCGCUGGAAGCUCGCCUAAAUGUGGCGUUGUCUGAGAAUGAGGCACUCAAGUUUGAGAAUGGCAACCUCAAGAAACAGCUGGAGGGCCUGCUAAGUGAGAACACAGUGCUACAUGCAAAGGUCCCCAAGAGGAGAGCUGUGUGUCUAAUGGUGGUGUUGGUGUUCCUCGUGCUUAAUGUUGGACCAAUGAGUCUGUUUCAGGGUGGCUCCAAGCACGACGUUUAUUCCACGGUGCAGCACGGCAGCAGACACCUGUUGAAUUUCUCCCCAGAGACAGAAACUGAGGUUGUGAUGGGCCCCAAUCCCCUCCACAGUGGCCCCUCUGAGAUUGCCGACAGCUCUGAGGAUAAGGCCCUGAUGGUGGUGAAGGAUCCCAUCUUCCUCAGACCACCUCCCCCCUGCCAGCCCCCUGUAAACAGGACCAAGUGCCUAGAGUUGGCCCAUGAGUUGACGGGUUGGGUCCACCGUCAUGAAGUGCAGCAGACCAAAUCCAGGCGCAUGACUAAUGGCAAUCACAAACCCACCAGGACCAUUCUGAAAACAGAGAAUAAGGAGGCUGAGAGUGCCCAGAUUGUGACGGUCCAAUACACAGAAACUACUGAGGAAAAGAAUCCUGGCAGUGAGCUGCAGGUAUACUACGCACCUCAUCACACCUACGGCGACUUUUUUGCUGAGAUUAAUCGCCGUGGCGACACUUUCUACGUAGUGUCUUUCCGCAGGGACCAUCUUCUACUUCCUGCCACCAGCCACAACAAAGGGAGUCGACCCAAGAUGUCUGUGGUGUUACCAGCCAUGAACAUAAAUGACAGCAUCAUAAGGGACAAAGAUUAUGAGGUGAUGAUGCAGAUUGACUGUGAAGUAACGGACACCAGGAUCCUCCACAUCAGGUCCUCCACCAUCCCACCUUUGCUGAGGGUCAACCGCACAGACACGUUUUACCAGCACUCCGCGACUGACAACCAGGCCGCACCUCCUGUUGGUGUGCUAAUGGGGUCCGCUUAAGAUCGCCAGCAGCACCUGUAUUAUUUGGAACUCCUCAGAAACUUCCUCAGAAUCCAUGAAGACAAACAGAAGACCUUCGUUUAAACUUUUUUUGUGAAGAAGUAUAUUUUAAAUCUGGUGUUGGCGCUGACUGCACGAUUGUGAUUUAGAUUUGAAUGAAAUCCAGUCAUUACAAUCCAGAGUUGUCGCAAACUGUCAGUGUCAGUCAGCCACAUUCUUUAUUAGGGCUGAUAUCCAGAUGGGUAUAUCUGUAAUGGGGUCUGAGCAGACGCUAGCUCCUUGUGUGGCAGGACUGACUUCUCCCUGUAACCUCGGACGCCCCACAUAAGGGUAAUUGCUUAGUGGCAGGGGGCAGAGCAUUGAACCCUGAGUCACCCCGUCAUAACACAAAUACUUUUACCCCGUAGCAGCUCUGUUCAAGUCUUUCUUUUUUGGUUCUUAAUUUCGGGACAAGUUCCAAAGCCAGAGGAGAAAACAGAAAGUAAUAAUAAUCUUACAGGGAACUUGCAUAAUUAAAAACAGAAGAGUCUAUUUGCGAUAUCAAUGUUUAGAAGCACAACAAAUUCUUUGUUUGCGUCUCUACAAGAUGGAGAACUGUAAUUGUCUCUCUCACGCAUUUUUAAUCUGUUCGACUCUCUAAAUAAAUGAAAUUUUAUUAAGUUGAAGUAAGAGAUGACAGAUUGAUAACAUGCAGCAAUAGAGGCAUUCAGUAAACUCAGGAAGUCAGGUGAUUUGUGAAAGCUAGCAGGCUAACCACUGUGUUUUUGGCUGGUUUCCAUUAAUUUCAGGUGCUCUGUUUUUAGCAUUGUGUUGAUGAAGAUUUUCAUUUUUUCAUUUUUGGGUCUUUGCACUGUGCUUCUCAGAUUCAGAUACAUAUUUAUUUGUAUUAUUGUACAACAGUAAUGCUUAAUUGUGUCAAGAUGUAUUGGAUUUUAUUUUCUAUAUCUGUCUGAUUAUGCUUUGUGGGGACUUUUUAUUCUAAUAAUCAAAUACAGAAAACUAAAUUAGAUAUUGUAUAUACAAUAAUAAAUGGUGGAUUAGAAGGAAACAUACAGUAAAUGUUAGUGCUGGGAGAUUUCUUUACUUUCAGAUUUCAGAUUAUCCCAGAAAAAUGUAUCUUCAUCAAAUUUAAAACCCCUAAUUUAACUGUUGGGCUAAAAAGGACAAUGUUUGACAUGUGACCACUGGUGAAAAACUUAGUUUGAGUCCUGACAUCUCCGUCCAAGGACUAAAUUGCACUUUUAUUUGGUGCACAUUAGUCUAUAUUAAAAUAACAACCUACUGGAAAUUCUUUUUUUUAAAACUGUGUGAUGGAGUUGUGAUAUCUGUUUUUAGUAAUUUGUAGUAAACAUUUGCACUAUAAAUGCAGAAUCUGGGCAGAUCAGUUCUGGCUUUAAAUGCCUUAUAUUAAUGUGUCUGUAGCCUUGUUUUGACUACCUAUAAUUGUAAAAUUGAUAUGAAAUAAGAAAUUAUAUAUAAUCAGAUUUAGGAACUUUUUGCUUAUACGGACAGUUUUGGUUGUUAAAACAACAGACUAUUCUUCUGUGUGUGAGUGCAUUUCUUUUAGCUACAUGAUUGUGCAGAUGGUUAUGUUUCAGCUUAACAGAUGCCCGUAAAUAUUGAAAACAAAAAAACACCAUUCGCUUGUGUUUUCUUAAGCCAAGCCGUCUGUGUGUGUUUCUUUUCCCUUUUGGUAUCAAGAUUAUAUUUGAUUCACCGCAAUGUUUUCACUGCAUCCCAACAGUGCUUACUGUAAAGACAAAGCAAAUGUACAAUUAAAAACUUUUUGGAUUUUGUUUUUUGUGCAUAAACCAAAAUAAACACUGGACUUUCUUUAACUAUA